ACCUGAGAGACACCACUGCUCUAGCACUGCUGCUCUGUACAGGGAAUGGGUACAGAGAAACAAAGUCUGGGCAUGUAAGACGACUCAACUUUAGAGUUUCGCAUGCUGUAGAUGAGUCGUGUGGAUAUGAACAAACUGAUCUGAGACAGACUCGAUACGGUUGUUGUUUGGAGUAGCAGAAUGGCCGGAGACAUGAACAGAUUUUAUUCCAUGCAGGCAGUGGAGCCAGAGAACGGGACCAAAGUUAGCGAGUCCUUCAAGUUUGUGUCGGAGGUGAAGAGGGAUGUACGGAGGGACGGUGGAGAGGAGCGAUCAGAGCCCUCCUGCUGUCUCAGCGUCAGCAAGAUCUCCUACACAGUCAGUGAGCGAGUGGGUCCGUGGUGGGACUUACCCUCCUACAGGAAGCGAUGGACUCGUCAGAUCCUCAGUGAUGUCUCCUUCCACGUAGACAGUGGGCAGAUCAUGGGCAUACUGGGCAAUUCAGGCUCAGGAAAGACCACAUUGUUGGAUGCCAUCUCGGGGAGGAUUGGAAACUGUGGUACACUGUUGGGUGAGGUCUUCAUUAACGGCAGGAAAAUGAAGAGAGAAGAGUAUCAGGACUGCUUCUCCUAUGUUCUGCAGAGUGAUAACUUGUUGAGUUAUCUGACAGUGGAGGAGACUCUGACCUACACAGCCCAGCUGGCCCUGCGGAAACACUCAGCCGAAGCUAUCAAGAAGAAGGUGUCGGCGGUGAUGGCUGAGCUGAGUCUGAGUCAUGUGGCUCACAGUGUUAUUGGAGGUCGUGUUUUCCCAGGGAUCUCUGGGGGCGAGAGGAGGAGGGUCUCCAUCGCCAGCCAGCUACUUCAUGACCCAAGGGUGAUCCUAUUGGACGAGCCGACCACUGGCCUGGAUAGCAUGACCGCCAAUCAGAUCGUGGUGCUGCUAGCAGAGCUGGCCAGGAGGAACCGUGUCGUCAUAGUAACCAUUCACCAACCACGCUCCGAACUCUUCAGGGUGUUCAGCAGGAUAGCUAUAAUGAGCCGUGGAGAGCUGGUGUUCUGUGGGCAGCCAGAAGAGAUGGUGGACUUCUUCAGCCAAUGUGGAUAUGAGUGUCCAGACUACUGCAACCCCUUUGACAUCUAUGUUGACUUCACCUCAGUGGACACCCGCAGCAGUGAGAGGGAGGCAGCCACCUUCAGUCGCAUGCAUGAGAUCACUUCAUCCUAUCAGAGGUCUGCCAUCUACCAGAGCAUGAUGCGAAAAAUGGAGCAGAGCCUUCAGCGGGCAGACAAGCCAGCCAUCCCCUUUAAGAGCAAAGAGUCACCCAGCAGUGCAGCCAAACUUGAAGUUCUGCUCAGGCGGACGACAAGAAACCUGUCCAGAGACAGGAUGGGUGUUCUGAUGCGUCUGUCCCAGAACCUGAUCUACGGUCUCUUUGUGGCCUUCUUUGUGAUGCAUUUAGACAAUGACGUCAACAAGGGUGCUGUGCAGGAUCGCAUUGGCAUCAUCUAUCAGUGCGUUGGUGCUUCGCCCUACACUGGCAUGCUGAAUGCUGUAGCUCUCUUCCCGGCGUUGCGAGCCAUCAGUGAUCAGGAGAGUCAGGAUGGCCUGUACAGUAAAUGGCAAAUGUUCUUGGCCUACAUCUUCCACAUCCUGCCCUUCAGCAUCCUGAGUGUUUUCAUCUUCACCUCCUUCCUUUAUUGGACGGUGGGGAUGCACCCUGACAUCUUGCGAUUCCUGUGUUUCACUGCUGUAGUCCUGGUGCCACAUAUUAUAGGUGAGUUGCUGACUGUGGUGUUAUUAGGAGUGGUCCAAGACCCUAACAUGGUCAAUACUGGAGUUGCUCUGCUCAAUAUUGCAGGGAUCUUGGUGGGAUCUGGCUUUCUAAGAAGCACCCAGCAGAUGCCAGUGGUCUUCCAGUGGCUCAGCUACCUGACCUUCCAGAAGUACAGCUGUGAGCUGCUCAUCGUCACUGAGUUCCAAGGACUCGACUUCACAUGCAAUAGUUCCAAACCUUUGCCGGGAGCGUGUCUGAUCACUCAGGGCAGUCAGAUCAUUGAUGAGGGCUAUCCUGGCGCUCUGUCCCGAUACACACUAGACUUUGUUCUCCUCUACUCCUUCCUCCCUGCCCUCCUGCUGCUGGGCAUGAUCAGCUUCAAGAUCAGAGACAAGCUUGUACAUCACUAAAACUACAGACAUGUGUGGGAGAAUCUUCUGUUUAAACAGGAAGCUAAUCUGAGUUUGGUUCUGAAGAUCUAAAACACAUUUAGAGUAAAGAUUUACAGUACGAUGUUAUCAGUGGUGGAAGAAGUACUCUUCUUUUACUUGAGUAAAAGUAGCAACACCACAGUGUAGAAAUACUCUGUUACAAGUAAAAGUCCUGCAUGCAAGGAAAAGUACAAAAGUAUUAGCAUCAAAAUACACUUAAAGUACAAAAAGUAAAAGUAUUCAUUAUGCAGAAUGGCCCAUUUCAUAAUAAUGCAUAUUAUACUAUUGGAUUAUGAUUAUUGAUGCAUUAAUGUAUACAUUACUUUAAUGUUGCAGCUGGUAAAGGUUGAGCUUAUUUUUUACUAUAUAUACUGCAAGGUAGCUUGAAUUUCACCAAUGGAUCAAUAAAGUCUUAUCUUUAUCCAUAAUAAUACAUCAUAAUGUAUUUGUUGAUUAUAUUUUGUGUUAUUAAUCAGAAUCUGCAAAGUAACUAGUAACAACGUAUCAAAUAAAUGCAGUGGAGUAAAAAGUACAAUAUUUCUAAAAUGUCACCUUUUUUGUUUAAUUAUUGUGAUUGUAAUGCAUCAUGAAUAGAAAGUGAUGCCUAUUGUAAUAAUGUAAAAUUGUUUAUUUUUUAGAACACAUUUUAUCAUCAGUAUACAAAUAGUUUUGUUCUGUUUAAAAUCGUUUGAGAAAAAAUCUGUAGUUAUGCAAGUUGUAUGAAUUAGUAGUAAAAAAACCAAAAUGACACAAAAGAAAAUAAAUAAUGCAAAAUGUUUACUGUAUUUACAUUAAUAUGUGGUGUAUGUGUGACCAUAAAUGAUUAUUUCUCA